CCUCGAAGGACCCUCAGAAGACUCCAGCUCGAUCACUGGGGCUGGAUCUUCCGAGGCUGGCCCUGCCACGGCAGGAGUGGCAGGUUCCGAACUCUGGACGGUCUCAAGAGCAUGGGCUCGGCCCUUGGACUUGCGUUUCACGUUGCUUGCAAAUCCGUAAAUUGCAACACACAAAUCUGGUUAGACUUAUUGGUUGCUGAAUUUACAGAGAGGAGAGAUUGCUGGUUUAUGAGUACAUGCCCAACAAAAGCCUCGACUCCUUCAUUUUUGAUCCCGAGAAGAAGCUAAUACUAGAUUGGGACAAACGCUUGAACAUAAUCCAAGGGAUAAUUCAAGGACUACUCUACCUUCACAACUACUCAAGAGUGCGAAUAAUUCAUCGAGAUCUUAAAGUUAGCAACAUCUUACUUGAUGAUGAGAUGAAUGCAAAAAUAUCGGAUUUUGGUAUGGCUAGAGUCUUUAAGCCAUCAGAGGAUGAAAUAAACACAAGCCGAGUUGUUGGUACAUAUGGCUAUAUAUCACCCGAAUAUGCAAGGGAGGGUAUUUUCUCAAUAAAAUCAGAUGUCUACAGGUUUGGAAUAUUAUUGAUGGAGAUCAUAACCGGUCAAAAGAACUACAACAAUUACGGUACAGAACGACCUCUCAAUCUCAUAGGAUAUGCAUGGGAGCUGUGGGUGAAUGGGAGAGGAGAGGACCUGAUUGAUUCGGCUAUAUGCAACUCCAAUUAUCAUAAAUCAAAAGCUGUAAGGUGCAUCCAUGUGAGCCUUUUGUGUGUUCAACAAAUUGCAGCAGACAGACCCACCAUGCUUGAUGUUUAUUUCAUGAUUCACAACGAUUCUACUCAACUUUCAUCUCCCCUAAACACCCUGCAUUUUUCAUUCCUCAAAAUUCACUCUCCUCCGAGGUCGAAGCAGUCCGACCCGAAUCGGAACUCGAAAUAUGUUCCCCGAAUACCAUGUCGCUCUUGGUGAUGGUUGCCAGGUGACCCUAGUCCUUAUUGUGUACUGAUGUUACCCUAGUUUAGUACGUAAAGAGAUUGAAUAUUAUGCAACCAUCAGGCCUCUAGGAUGCUGCAGUGGCAAGAACAUGGAGUCGUAUGGUAUCACCUAGAUAACGAGUUAUGGUUAUAGAAAUUGAUUAGCAUUGGUCAUGCAGCAUCUAUUUCGAGAAAUAGA